GUUCUGCGAGCUGCAGGUGAGACGGGGAGUUUACAGGUGAGACAGGGAGUUCUAUGAGCUGCAGGUGAGACGGGGAGUUCUAUGAGCUGCAGGUGAGACGGGGAGUUCUAUGAGCUGCAGGUGAGACGGGGAGUUCUAUGAGCUGCAGGUGAGACAGGGAGUUCUAUGAGCUGCAGGUGAGACAGGGAGUUCUAUGAGCUGCAGGUGAGACAGGGAGUUCUAUGAGCUGCAGGUGAGACAGGGAGUUUACAGGUGAGACGGGGAGUUCUGCGAGCUGCAGGUGAGACGGGGAGUUCUAUGAGCUGCAGGUGAGACGGGGAGUUCUGCGAGCUGCAGGUGAGACGGGGAGUUCUAUGAGCUGCAGGUGAGACAGGGAGUUUACAGGUGAGACAGGGAGUUCUAUGAGCUGCAGGUGAGACGGGGAGUUUACAGGUGAGACAGGGAGUUCUAUGAGCUGCAGGUGAGACGGGGAGUUCUAUGAGCUGCAGGUGAGACGGGGAGUUCUAUGAGCUACAGGUGAGACGGGGAGUUCUAUGAGCUACAGGUGAGACGGGGAGUUCUAUGAGCUACAGGUGAGACGGGGAGUUCUAUGAGCUGCAGCUGAGACGGGGAGUUCUAUGAGCUGCAGGUGAGACGGGGAGUUCUAUGAGCUGCAGCUGAGACGGGGAGUUCUAUGAGCUGCAGCUGAGACGGGGAGUUCUAUGAGCUGCAGGUGAGACGGGGAGUUCUAUGAGCUGCAGCUGAGACGGGGAGUUCUAUGAGCUGCAGCUGAGACGGGGAGUUCUAUGAGCUGCAGCUGAGACGGGGAGUUCUAUGAGCUGCAGGUGAGACGGGGAGUUCUAUGAGCUGCAGGUGAGACGGGGAGUUCUAUGAGCUGCAGGUGAGACGGGGAGUUUACAGGUGAGACGGGGAGUUCUAUGAGCUGCAGGUGAGACGGGGAGGGAGGUGACAUGGGGGGGUGAGUGGACUGCUAUAAUGGCAGGAUAAACAAACCUCUUCUACAGGGAUAUUGUUAACUAAAAGGAAUGAACCUUGUUAGUGUUUUGUUUGUUUGUCUGUCAGGGGGACUUUGCUGCUCCAGACAUCCCAAAGUCCAUGGCCUGGUGUCAGAACUCCAUCUGUGUAGGCUUCAAGAGAGACUACUACCUCAUCCGGAUGGAUGGUCGUGGUUCCAUCAAGGAGCUCUUCCCCACAGGGAAGCAGCUGGAGCCCCUGGUGGCCCCCCUGGCUGAUGGGAAGGUGGCGGUGGGCCAGGAUGACCUCACGGUGGUGCUCAACGAGGAGGGGGUCUGCACUCAGAAGUAUGCUCUCAACUGGACCGACAUCCCCAUCGCAAUGGAACAUCAGUACCCCUACAUCAUAGCUGUCCUGCCUCGCUAUGUGGAGAUCAGGACCUUUGAACCCAGGCUGCUGGUCCAGAGUGUGGAGCUGCAGAGACCACGAUUCAUCACAUCAGCUGGGCCCAAUAUAGUGUACGUUGCCAGCAACCAUUUUGUGUGGCGCCUGGUGCCUGUGUCCAUCGCCAGUCAGAUCAGACAGUUACUACAGGACAAGCAGUUUGAACUGGCCCUGCAACUGGCGAAUAUGAAGGAUGACGUGGAAGGAGAUAAGCGACAGCAGAUUCACCACAUCCAGAAUCUCUAUGCCUUCAAUCUGUUCUGUCAGAAGAGGUUUGAUGACUCCAUGCAGGUGUUCGCUAAGCUCGGCACUGAUCCGACCCAUGUGAUUGGUCUGUAUCCCGACCUGCUCCCCGCUGACUACCGUAAACAGCUGCACUACCCCAACCCCCUGCCCAGUCUGUCUGGAGCAGAACUGGAGAAGGCUCACCUGGCGCUCAUAGACUACCUGACACAGAAACGCAGCCACCUGGUGAAGCACCUGAGCGACUCCGAGCCGUCCACCCCGUCUCCCCUCAUGGAAGGGAUUCCCACCAUCAAGAGCAGGAAGAAACUCCUGCAGAUCAUCGACACCACGCUGCUCAAAUGCUACCUGCAUACCAACGUGGCCCUGGUGUCCCCUCUGUUGCGUCUGGAUAAUAACCACUGUCACAUUGAGGAGAGUGAGUACAUCCUGAAGAAGGCCCACAAGUACAGCGAGCUCAUCAUCCUCUAUGAGAAGAAGGGCCUGCAUCAGAAAGCCCUACAGGUGUUGUUGGAUCAGUCCACCAAGGCUAACUCUCCUCUAAAGGGACAUGAGAGGACGGUGCAGUACCUCCAGAGACUGGGGAUGGAGAAUCUGGUCAUUAUCUUUGAGUUCUCUCCCUGGGUUCUGAAGAUCUGUCCUGAGGACGGACUCAAGAUCUUCACUGAGGACCUGACGGAGGUAGAGACCCUGCCCAGAGACAAGGUCCUGAACUUCCUGAAGGAGGGCUUUAAGGAGCUGACUAUCCCCUACCUGGAGCACAUCGUACACGUCUGGGAGGAGACGGAGCCAGAGUUCCAUAACGUCCUCAUUCAGCUGUACCUGGAGAGGGUCCAGGGGCUCAUGAAGCAGUACCUCAACUCCCUGCCCGAGGGGGUUCCUGCAGUGGCUGCUGGGAAGGAGGAGGGGGACUUGGGAGAGUUUAGGAACAAGCUUCUAUGUUUCCUGGAGGUCUCUAGCAGCUACGAGCCUGGACGUCUUAUCAGUGACUUCCCCUUUGACGGUCUUCUGGAGGAGAGGGCCGUGCUGCUGGGUCGGAUGGGGAAACACGAACAGGCCCUCUACAUCUACGUACACGUCCUGAAGGAUACACACAUGGCAGAGGAGUACUGCCAUAGGCAUUAUGACAAAGAGACGGACAGAAGCCAGGAUGUGUACCUGUCUCUACUGCGCAUGUACCUGUCCCCUCCUGACGUCCACUGUCUUGGGCCAAUCAAAAUGGAGCUGUUGGAGCCACAGGCCAAUCUAAUGGCAGCUCUACAUGUCCUGGAGCUGCACCACAGCAAGCUGAAUACAACUAAGGCCAUCGACCUGCUGCCAGCCAACACUCAGAUCAGAGAGAUCCGUGUGUUCCUGGAGAGUGUUCUGGAGGAAAAGGCCCAGAGGAAACGCUUUGACCAGGUCCUCAAGAGUCUGCUGCAGGCCGAGUUCCUACGGGUCCAGGAGGAACGUAUCUUCCACCAACAGGUGAAGUGUAUCAUCACAGAGGAAAAGACCUGCAGGGUCUGUAAGAAGAAGAUAGGAAACAGCGCCUUCGCCAGGUAUCCCAACGGUGUUGUAGUUCAUUACUUCUGCUGUAAGGACCGAGGGGUGUGUCCUACGGAGCAGUGACACCGCUACCCCCCCCCCACCCCCCACCUGGACGCAAAGCACUCUGGGAUACUAACAGACCAGACCGCCGUGUACUGAAAUGACAGAAUUAGUUCCCUCCUGUGGACUUCGUGUUCGUAGCAGCACCCUGGAAGGCUGGUUUGAAACGACAUUACAGCAGCUGUGAUAUUCAGGAGGAGAGGAGGACUCCAUCUCUGAAACUCUGGCUGCUUCUCUCUGAAACUCUGGCUGCUUCUCUCUGAAACUCUGGCUGCUUCUCUCUGAAACUCUGGCUGCUUCUCUCUGAAACUCUGGCUGCGUCUCUCUGAAACUCUGGCUGCGUCUCUCUGAAACUCUGGCUGCUUCUCUCUGGAACUCUGGCUGCUUCUCUCUGAAACUCUGGCUGCUUCUCUCUGGAACUCUGGCUGCUUCUCUCUGGAAGGAACUCUGGCUGCUUCUCUCUGGAAGGAACUCUGGCUGCUUCUCUCUGGAAGGAACUCUGGAACUGCUACCAGCUACCUAUUCUGCCCCACAACCCCAGCUACCUGCUAAACUACAGUACCUGUAGCUAUUCUACCAACUACUCUGCUACAGUGACUACUCUGCCCCCUCCCUCUCUCAUCCUCAGACUCUACAGAGACUAUAUAGACUAACUCUUAUUCUCUGAUGCCUUGUGACUUUUAAGAAUGUCCUUAAAAGCAGCCAUUUUCUUUUCAGUUAGCGUGUGUUUCUGAGGGGAAUGGUUUUCAUGUUUUCAGUUAGCGUGUGUUUCUGAGGGAAUGGUUUUCAUGUUUUCAGUUGACGUGUGUUUCUGAGGAAAUGGUUUUCAGUUAGCGUGUGUUUCUGAGGGAAUGGUUUUCAUGUUUUCAGUUGACGUGUGUUUCUGAGGAAAUGGUUUUCAGUUAGCGUGUGUUUCUGAGGGAAUGGUUUUCAUGUUUUCAGUUGGCGUGUGUUUCUGAGGGUAUGGUUUUCAGUUGGCGUGUGUUUCUGAGGGAAUGGUUUUCAUGUUUUCAGUUGGCGUGUGUUUCUGAGGGAAUGGUUUUCAGUUGGCGUGUGCUUCUGAGGGAAUGGUUUUCAGUUGGCGUGUGCUUCUGAGGGAAUGGUUUUCAGUUGGCGUGUGCUUCUGAGGGAAUGGUUUUCAGUUGGCGUGUGUUUCUGAGGGAAUGGUUUUCAGUUAGCGUGUGUUUCUGAGGGAAUGGUUUUCAGUUAGCGUGUGUUUCUGAGGGAAUGGUUUUCAUGUUUUCAGUUGACGUGUGUUUCUGAGGAAAUGGUUUUCAGUUAGCGUGUGUUUCUGAGGGAAUGGUUUUCAUGUUUUCAGUUGGCGUGUGUUUCUGAGGGAAUGGUUUUCAUGUUUUCAGUUGGCGUGUGUUUCUGAGGGAAUGGUUUUCAUGUUUUCAGUUGGCGUGUGUUUCUGAGGGAAUGGUUUUCAGUUGGCGUGUGUUUCUGAGGGAAUGGUUUUCAGUUGGCGUGUGUUUCUGAGGGAAUGGGUUAAAAAAAACAGACUUCAGAUUCAAACGUAACUCCUCCAUUUCUAGCAUGGUCCAUUUGCACAAACACAUUUUUCAGAUCCGCUACAGUGAUAUAACCUCUUCUGAAAACUCUUCUUUCUUUUAGAUCAACCUGUAUUUGGAUGUAGAUCCACAGUUUCAAAAUGUGUCUUUUUAGUGAUUGCUACAAUAUAUUCAUUCAUUUUUUGGGGAAAAAACCUGAAAGAAAAACGAUGUCAGCAGCUCAGCCCAUGUUUCCUUAUUCCAGAAGUGGUCGGUGAAUUGAAAUGGUUCUGUCUUUAUCAUGAGUGUACGUCAGAUUGGAAUGAAAGUUAAGAUAUGGGGAUGAAUCCCAAAAUGGCACCCAAUUCCAUUUUAUAGUGCACUACUAUAUAGCCCUAUAGGGUUCUGAUGAAAAGUAGUGCACUAUAUAGGGAAUAGGGUGCCAUUUUGGGAUGCAUGCAAUUAUAUAUGUCGCAGUUGUAUCCUCGCAACAUUGUAAAUAAAUACGUGCAGCAUCAA